UUAAUUUUUUUAUACCUAUCCUACAUAAAAUCCAUAAUGCUACUCUUUCUUUAUGUCACUGUCAUUGUAUGGAAAACAUCACAUCUAAAAAAAGAAACCAUUCAAAUGGAGUUUGGGAAGAACAUUUCUCUGAUUUGCUCAAACCACACAUGGAGUGAACUAGUCUUUCAAAAAUGGUCCAUUUGGAAGUUAGGCAUAGGGAAGUGUGAUAUUGAGGUACUCUAUAAUGGGACUAUAAAAGACAACUGUACAAACAACCCAGUUUAUGUAAACUCCACUAAUCCACAUCUUUCUAUAUCUAACUUUGAAUCUAAUUAUGUUGGAAAAUAUUCCUGUGAAUAUACUUUCAAUGGAGGAACAGAUAAGAGAGACUACUAUUUAUGGGGUGUUCAUUAUAUAAACCAUACAUUUGGUGAAAACGUUUCUCUCACCUGCUUCCAUCAAAUGGCAAGCAAUGAUAUGGUUACAAAAGUGAUCACAAAGCUCAAAUAUGAAGAAUGUGUUUAUACUGUUGGAAAAAAUCAAAUACUCAAUCAAACAAUCAAAAGCACUUGUGAAGAUCGAAAGGACUUUGUGAUAGACAUUAAAGAUGGUUGGCUACACCUUGACAUACCCGGUUUUCAACUCAAAGAUGUAGGAAAUUACACCUGUGAGACAAGAUACAAUGAAGAAAUAUUCAAACUCUGUUAUGUUUUAUCAGGGUAUCCUGCUAUUACCACGUUUCUCACAGCUGAUACACUUAGAUAUUGUGUUGUUCCUGCUGCCAUUGUCAUUCUAAUUCUAAUUUCUUUAGCUGCUUACAGAUAUGCAGAUCAUCUCCGACGUGCCAAACUUUCUCGCAGCUCCCAAAAUUGCUAAAAAUCUGGGUCUCAUUCUGACUUACAAUCUCACCAGUGAAUUGCUGUAUAUGGCAUAAAAAAUAAGCCAUAUGAAGAUUUUAAUGAUCAAAAUUCACAAAACUGAACUUUGAAUUAAACAAUAUAUAAAAUAAGAGCUUGAACUGCACAAACAAGCCAAAAAGUGAACCGUGUGAACUGACAAUGAUUAACCUGCCAGCUAUAAGACAGCUCAGUAAAGAGCCAGCAAUUAGAAAACCUGGUCCUUUUGACUUUAUUUAAACUGAGUCUUCUUAAACUUUUAAACUCUGUACUCUAGAUCACAUUUUAAACAUAAUCUUGUGUAUCUUUUUAAAUGACUGAUAUUGACUGAUUUUAAAAUCUGUAUUCUUUCUGACUUGAACUUUUUUUUUAGAAUCUUAAAAGGAAAACAGAUUGUUACAAAUACUUUCUGUAAUUUAUUAGACCAUGGGUAAUUAAUAUCCGAAAUGACAAAUAUCCUGACAAUUUGGGACCGAAUUUACAAAUAUCUUGUAACUAAUCUUCAUUAGAUGAGAAUUGAGGCCUUCAAGUUUGAGAUGCAUGCUGAACAGAGAAAGGAAGAGCAGAGCAGGAGAACAAAAUAACCAAGGGCCUCAUGUACAGGUAUAACGUGGUGCAUAGAAUUCACACUAAAUCAUGGACAAAAGUGGAAAUAUGCAUAUGGACAAAAAAUCCAGAUGCAUAAAUCUGUGCAUACAACAAGUUCCCUGCACUUCCCCUUUCCAAAUGCAAAUGAACAUGAAAUUUAACCCACAUGCAUAUGCCUACAACCGCACCCCAAAUCCUCUCAGAAUUUUACAUAUUUUAAUAUACAAUCAAUACAAAUAUCACAUUCCAUUCAGUGUUUUGUUAAAAGACAAAGGUAAGGGCACGUGAAAAAAGAAGAAUGUCAGCGAAUGCGAAGUGUUGGCAAGGAAAAACAUACUAUUUGUUGGCUUACACAGUGGUAUAAGCAACAAAAGCGUGGUGGAAACACUCAAAUGUUCAAAUUCAGAAAGUCAGAUAGUGCCUGAAAUAAAAAAGAAGUGUUCAGAUAUUACAGUCGACAUGAAAAUGCAAGUCGCAGCCCAUACUGAUGAUACAAUGGUGCUGCUGGGCUGAGCACGUCUUCAUGCGCUGGCUGUGCACACACACCUCAGCCUUGGAAACCUCUGGGUGGCCAUCUGACUAUGUGCUGACGGAUGCUGUUCUGGAGUCACAAAAUGCAUUAGUGGAUGCUGUAAGAGAUGUGGCCAAUAAACUAAGGAGUAUAAGGGCUGUAGUGUGUGAUAUUGACCACAAAUUAAAUGCAUUGGUCAAAAAAUAAAUGCUACAGCUGAUUACCUGUUUUUACAUUCUGCUAAUUACAUUCAAAGGAAGUUGUAAUGCUGUCCGAUUUGGCUGAUCAUUUGGUGGGUCAUGGUCAGAUUCAUCAUACCGCAUUCCUUCAGGUUAUGGGCAAGCCAAAAUUGUGUGUCACAUUAUGCAGCAAUCACUUUCUGUGCACUAUAGAGCAGCACAUUAAUAGAGUGGAAAUGCUUUCUAUUUACAUAAGCUAUUCAUUCUCUGAAGGCGCUUUUAUAGUGUAGUGUCGGCACUGAGCGCCACAACGGAUCGAUUCUCUGCUCUUUAUCUUUAAAAGGACUGUUUGCCUUUUGCAGCACUAGUUGGAAAAGGCACCUGCAACUGUGCAGAGCUGCUAUUUAUAUAAGUUCUCCAGCUAUAGAUGAUGUAAUGCCAGCUCAUUCUUUUGGGAAUUCAUCCCUGGUUGAUGUAACUUGUCCGGUGCCAUUGCAAUAGCAAUGUACGUGCAGUGGACCACUCUGAUUACAUUUGAAAAACUGGAUGUUGCUGUGAGUUGCACUUUCAUGUUUCCCAGUUCAACCACAGUUUAAGGAAAUUUUACAUAUCUGGAUGACAAGUGGAUAACACCAUACUAUA